UUGCCACAGCAGAGCUUGGUUCGGAAAGCACCGAUUUCACCGCAUCCUCGGCGGUCAGCGGAAAAGGAAAGUGCACUGUUGGUUUCCCGGAAGGUUUCCCGGAAGUGCGCCUGUGUGGCCCCAUCGGCUCGGCGUUUCUUUGGCCUUGAUGACCAUUAGUGCACGAGGAACAAACGUGGUUCUGCUACGGAAAUCGAAGCUCGGCAUUGAUUGCUGGGUUAUUUGUCGUGGGUCGAAGUUGUGCGAGGAUCCUUGGAGAAGAAGGAACAGGAAAGGAAGGCAAAGAGUGCUCUGUCCUCAUCGACAGCCAAAAGUGCACCCACAGGGCGACCUGCUCGGUCCUCAUCGACUGCCGGAAGUGCACUUACAGAGCGUUUCGCGCUGUUCUCAUCACCAGCAGAAAAUCGGAACGAUUUCAACAACAGCUCAACGGAAGCACGCAGAAAAGUGCAUCACAUUGGUCGACCGAUUGCAACAAGUGAAUAGCGGGUGGUGCGGAUCCUGCUGUGCGCCUCAAGCGUGCACCGGGGCAAGGUGCAUUCAUGCAUCUUCCGAGCAUCCGUCCCAAGAGAAUUCCCGAUCAGGUCGGAGUGGAACACACGGGAAUCAGUUCGACGGUUCGAGGCGGAGAAAACAGGGACAUGAAAUUCAACUCGCCACUGCCAACCUGCAUGCAUCGAAGCCAACGAGAUCAACGAAGCAACACAGCACCGAGCAGCAGCAGCCAAAACAAUUCAUUGAAACCCCUGUGACUGCCGAGCACGAUUCUCAUUCGUCGGUACGGACGGACCCCUCCGGAUUUGAUCCACCAUGCACUCAUCUAACAGGAACAGUCGGACUAACAUGCAUAGCUCCCUACCUAUUACCACAGAGAACAGACGUACAAGCUAGCCCACGAAAGUUGUGUAAAAUUUACAACGACCGUUUUUAACCAAUUUCUGUUUUUUGGCUGGGCCACCAGAUGUCUCCAAACACACCAAAGAGAACUGUCAAAGCCAAACUGAGAAAAAAAACAAAAUUUUAGUCAGUUUUGAACAGGUUUUAUGAACUGUUUUUCAUGUUUCGGGAGAAUCGCUUUUGAUGUUUCGUAACACUUUCGUCACGUUGCAUAAUGGAAAAAUAUCUUAAAAGUAGAUCGCUAUUUCCUUAAGGUAGAGGUACUGAAUUUUUAACAAUGGGAUGCAAAAGUGAUACCGUGAACGGCCCUAAUUCUGCGCAGUUAAGGAUUUUUCAAAUGUUUUAUGUUAUAAAAAAUUUACCUUUCAAUAAAUAUCCUCAAAAUUUUGUGUACAGUUGGGCUAACUAACAAACUUAACGGCAAAAAUAAUCAGAGCUCGAUUUUGGAACAAAAAUGUGAAUUAUUUACAACAUUUGGGAAAAAUGCAAGUGGCCCUUAUUCUGCGCACUAUUUUCUAUUUGUUCCGAAUUCUGCGCAUAUGUCCCAUAUUCUGCGCACCCAAAUAAAACCAAUAUACCCCUCCGUACUGAUAAGACCAACAUUUAAUUUACUUAAAAUGUAUUAAAAAGCAUGUUUAACGCUAUUGCAAAUUGCAAAAAAAAUAAAAAAGGACCAAUUCAAGCCUUGGAUCUUUGAAGCUUAUGUGACACUUUCUUUCACUGUUUCUUACAGAUGCAUUUUUCCUGCAGCUCGCUUACCAAAUAUUUGUUGACCGAUCAUGUUGUUCGCCGGAUCUGGUCAAACUAACUUGUUUCGUUGGUGUGCAGUGCAGACUAUUCCGACAUACAGAAGCAGUUCCGGCGGGUCACAAAAUCGCUCCAGCUGGGGGAACUACGCGCUGCUUCAUUUGGCUUACUAUCAGUCAGUAUCAGUUAGUCAACGAGUGCGAGUAAGCGGGUGAAUCGAGAGAAGCUUCGCGUAGUUCCCCCAGCUGGGACGAUUCCGCGGCCCGCCGGAACCGCUUGUGUAUGUCGGAACAGUCUGUACAGUUGGAACUGAACGAUUAACACGCGAACACGAUAGAGAACGGAAAUCAAGAUUUUCUAUUUUUUGUCAACAAAACAUGUAGAUUCGAAGGGAUUCCUAAGAAACUCCCAACAACUUUACGGAUAUCCAAUCUUCAUAAAACUUAUUAGAAAACUGUAAUUAAACGUCUCCUAACUCCCUGCAUUCAAUUCCUUGCAACAGUUGCAACUUAAACAUCAGUUCACUCCGGUGCUUUUCAUUCUGCGCAUUAGGAACAUAAGUAAACAAAUGGUGUCAAAUUCUGCGCAUUGCUUAAAUCAUUGUUUUGAUUUGAAAAACCAUUUUAUAUAAAAUUUUUUUGGCAGUCAUGUUCAGAAUGAUUUUAUCUUUCACGUAAAGGCAUUUCCAAUGAGAAAAUUCUGUUUAAAACGGUUUCAUUUGAUCUUUCUGUUUUCCUAACGCUUAAGCUGUACUGCUAACGCCGGCCAUUUUUCGACGUUUGCUUCCUACAUUUAUUUUGAUUUAUUCAUCAGUUUUCAAAAUAAUUGGAAGCGUUUUGAAGAUAAACAGUGACUGAAGAGAUUCAGCUUUUUUCAUGAAUAUUUUGUUCAUCACAUCUUGAAUUAUUUCUGUUUGAAUAUGAAAAUGCGCAGAGUUUGGGACUGCGCAGAAUUUGGGCCGUUCACGGUACUUGAAAGUAACCCGCUUUGAGAUGUCUAUAAUCAGUUCUGAUGGAUAAUACUGAUCGCCAAGAAUGUUCCUAAUUGAAUGGAUAUAGCAGACUGUCUUCUGUCUGACGAUAACCGGUCAAGAAGUGCAAAAAUUUAUCCCAAAACUAUUAGUUGUUUUAACUGCCUCAUCAGUGCAAAAAUAAAGGCAGUGAAAUUCUGUCCAGUCGAAAGUAACUUUUCCAGCAAUCAAUCGAACCCGUCUAUUUUAGAGCGGCAUUAGUUUAAUUAUUAAUGAGUUCAUUAGCAAUUACGCCUAUUCGAAAACUGGGUACCUGAAUAUUUGAUCUGUAACUUUUGAACGGCACAAUAGAUGGCACUGUUUCAAGUUAAUUUUCAACGUAUUUUUUGGAUGUCGGCAUUUGAAAUUUUACACACUUUUUUGAAGAUUUUUUGUUCGAGCUUGUACGUCUGUUCUCUGUGCUAUUACAUCGGUGCAUUCUAGAAGAAAGGCGGACCAUUACUUUCGUCCAGCAGCUACAACAUAACGUGGGUUGGCCAGCGAUUAGUGAGGAUAAGUUGGCCAUAACGUGCCAACUCAUCCUCACACGAAGAAUUCCCGAUAAAAAAGGCAUUUUAAUGCGAAUAAAUGAAGCAUAAAUAAAAUUCAUUGAAACCGAAUCUAUAAAUCCGAAAAUCAAUAACAAUUUUGCUUUCGUUUGAAUUGAAACAAAGAAAUGAAUUCAAAUCAUACAAAAUCGUUAAUUUCUA